AUGGAUGAUAAAUCACAAAUUGUCUCCCCAAUUGCCACGGCAGUGGUUUUAUUCCUCUUUACAAUCACUUUUGUGCUCAUUUAUCUCACUAAAUUCCAAGGGUCGUCCCUAAAUGUAGCGCCAGAAGUUCAGACCGGUCCGUCUGAAGCCCAGGAAUCCACAACAGAAGAGGAUGAAAAGCCUAAAAAAACCUUAACAACCAAGCAAAAGAAACGUCAAGAGCUAAAGGAAGAAAAAAAGAGACAAAAGGCGUUACAAGAUGAAGAACGAGAAGAAAAGGAAAAAAUUUUACGUAAAAAACAGGAAAUAUUAGAGGCAAAGAGAGCAGAACAAGAAAAGCUAAGAAAAGAACAGGAACAAAAACGUCUUGAAGAAGAGGAAAAGGCCUAUAAGGAACUUACAUCAAAGUUCGUAAUUGAAAGAGAGGGUGUCUACACACCUGAUGUCGAGUUUAGCAUUGAAGAUUUUAUAGAGUUUAUAACCUCAAAGAAGCUGUGCAAUGUUGAGGAACUUUCAACUAGAUUUUCUCUGAAGGCUGAGGAUGUUGUAAAAAGAAUAAAUGAGCUAGAAGAGCAAGAUCGCAUAUUUGGUCUAUUAGACGAUCAAGGACGGUAUAUUUACAUAACUCAGAAUGAAGUUGACUCCAUUUUAUCGCAUAUAAAAAGAGGAAGAGUUCACAAGAGCGAUUUGGCUCCAUAUUUCAACUCGGUAAUAUCGCUAGAACCAACUAAAAAGGUAUGGAACUUCAUAAAUGCAUAA